GAAGUAUUUGACAUCAACCUUGUGUAGAAAAUAGUAGAGACAGGUUAUGGAGUUGAGGAGCAGGAGAGGAAUGUUUUUUCAACCUGAAAUGCCCUUAAUCUUUUUAGAAUAGAAGCAGUUGUUCUCCCUCUUUUGGUCUCUAGAUUUCACAAGGAACAAGGGCUUAGAACUAAAUGUUGAUGAAUUACUCUAGUGCCACUUAAUUUUAUCUCCUUGGUUUCCCUGGCUCUGAAGAACUACAUUAUAUCCUUUUUGCUAUAUUCUUCUUUUUCUACUUGGUGACAUUAAUGGGAAACACCGUCAUCAUCGUGAUUGUCUGUGUGGAUAAACGUCUGCAGUCCCCCAUGUACUUCUUCCUCGGCCACCUGUCUGCCCUGGAGAUCCUGGUCACAACCAUAAUUGUCCCCGGGAUGCUUCUGGGAUUGCUGCUCCCUGGGAUGCAAACAGUAUCUUUGUCUGCCUGUGUUGUCCAGCUCUUCCCAUACCUUUAUAUGGGGACAUUACUUGGAGCAAUGGCUGUGGACUGUUAUAUUGCUGUGUGUAACCCUUUGAGGUGCAACAUCACUAUGAACAGACACACCUGCAACUUUGUGGUUCUUGUGUCAUGGGUGUUUGGGUUUCUUUUUCAAAUCUGGCCAGUCUACGUCACGCUUCAGCUUACUUACUACAAAUCAAAUGUGGUGAACAAUUUUUUCUGUGACCGAGGUCAAUUGUUCAAACUAUCCUGCAAUAAUACUCUUUUCAUGGAGUUUAUCCUCUUUUUAAUGGCUGUUUUUGUUCUCUUUGCUUCUUUGAUCCCUACAAUUGUCUUGUACUUCUACAUCAUCUCCACCAUUCUCAAGAUCCCGUCAGCCUCUGGCCGGAGGAAAUCCUUCUCCACUUGUGCCUCCCACUUCACCUGUGUUGUGAUCGGCUACAGCAGCUGCUUGUUUCUCUACUUGAAACCCAAGCAAAUGCAGGCAGUUGAUUACAAUCGGGUAGUUUCCUUGAUGGUUUCAGUAGUAACUCCUUUCCUCAAUCAUUUCAUCUUCACCCUCCGGAAUGAUAAAGUCAUAGAGGCCCUUCGGGAUGGUGUGAAAUGCUGCUGUCAACUAUUCAGGAAUUAGCCUUGCUCUGAGACAUUUUACAUGAUGAAGCACUUAGUAUGGAUUCUAGAAUAAUCUGAAAAGAACUUGCUCAUCUUUGAACUGCAUCAUAAUUAUUACCAUUAUCAAAUAAUUAGUGUGCAACAAAAGACUUUUAAGUUACAGCUAUGGUUUUUAAUAUGGUUAGUUGUUACUUGAAACUCAGUUUAUUGUUUUUAAGACAUGUCUUGCUAUCUAUCUAGCUAUCUAUCAUCUGCCUUUCUUAAGAUAUAAUGAUUUCACAAUUAAACUUUGAAAAAUUAAAUGUCAGAGAUAGACUAUCUAUGUAGUCUAGAAAGUUGACUAGUGGUUGCUUAGGGCUGAGGGGAAUGCAGACAUAGGGUAGUGAUAGCUAAGGGGUACAGGCUUUCUUUUUGAGAUGAUGGCUGUAAAUAUCUACGAAUAUACCAAACACCAUUGAGCUGUACAUUUUCAAUGAGUUAAUUUUAUGGAAUGUGAAUUAUAUUUCAAUAAAGCUAUUGAAAAUAGUAUAUUAGAUGGUGAAGAAGUAUUGUGAAGAAAAGUGAAACAGGAAUGAAAGGGAAUAUCUCUUGCAGGAGUGUUGAAAUUUCAAAUAAGGUUUUCAGGGAAGGAUUGAGAGAGGUAAGGUGGUGAUACAUUCGGAAACCUGUUAAAGAACAUUCCAGGCAUAGUGAGUAAUAAGUGGGAGAUCCUAGGGAAGGCAUAGCAAAGACACUGAAAUGGAGUGUGCAAAGGAGAAAGCAAUUGCAGUCAGAGUGGUAACUGGAAUGCAGACCAUGUAGAGCCUUGUGAGCCUUUUUUUUUUCCA